AUGUACUCGUACAGCUGCCUGGAGCCCGGAACGGGCGUCUGGCCUCCGCUGCAUCCGGUCACCUACUCCUACCUGUCCUGCCCUCUGCUGCUGCCCCCACUCCACCCCCACAGCUGCUGCAGUCGGCUCACGAGCCUGACCGCCGGCGAGUGGCCGGCUCCGCGGGAAUACCACUGUUUCCACGGCCCAGGCGCGCCCCUGACGGCCGCGCUGCCCUCGUGGGCCUUCCCGCAGACCUACGCCGCGGGCCUGCGCCCGCCUUACCCUGCGCCCGGCUACCUGGGGCCAUCCCUACAGGGGCCCGCGGUGGAGGGGACGGCGGCUGUCCAGCGCGGGGCGCCGUGGCCGGAAGGCAGCAGCUUGCAGCUCGAGCUGCGGUGGGGCCGCGUGGAGCGCGCUCUGGGCCCACGCCUCGAGCUGCCAGACGUGGUGCGCCGGGAGCUGCGGCGAGUGUACGGCACGUACCCGCGCACCGACGUGCGCGUCACCUACCGCGGCGGCGAGUUCCUGCUUCAGGCCGCGCCGCGCGUCCCCGAGCCCGGGUACCGUGUGCAGAGGCGCGUGCUACGGCCGCCCGCAAGUAGCUGCAGCGAAGACAGCCGCCCGGCCACUGAAGCGGCGGAGCGUGGCCGUCGGAGGAAGAGAAAAGGCCAGAGCUGAGGAGGCUGCAGGGUCCGGUGGCCGCAGGUGGUCUCCCCUGCGCGCCGCUGCGCGCCGCUGCCCACCCGCGACGAAGGAGGCCUCCACGGUUCGCAGGCGCUGGGUGCACCUGUCACCUCGCUUUUUGCUUUUUUUUUUUAACCAAGCCUGCACGUCGCCCACCUGCUGCACUUCCCUGAUUUAUGUUAUUCCUGGAUGGCGGGGGAAUGGCGAGAAGAGAUCAAGGACAUCUCUUCUUGUUUCUCUUCCCUUCCACUUUGGCUUGGGAAGCCUGGGUGUGGGGUGGAAGAAGGGCCUGGACCCUUUGUUUCAUCUCUCCCUCCUGCUCCCCGUCUUAGAAGCCUGCCCUGUACCAAGCCCCCACUUUCCCUUUUUCCUCUCCUCCCUCUACCAAUGCUCCCAGAAUUACCCAGGUUCCUUCCCAAGCUGAGAGCCCACCCAUCCGCAGGUUGUAGUGAAAAGUAAAUAAGUAA